AAAAAAAAAAAAAAAGAAACAGCGAAGGGAAGGCUUAUUUAGGGUUUAUAUCAUAUUCCAUUCCACCGCCUGCCUGCCUGCCUGCACUUUCAUUCAUUCAAUUCAUCAAAAACAUUAAAAAUGGGUGAUACUUAUAAUAAUAAUAAUAAUAAUAUUAAAGCAACAACUACAAAGAAGAAUAAGAAAAAGCCCAGAAUCCGAAAAUCAAACCACCCAAAAUCCCAACAAGAAUCACCUCAUAAUAAUCCAAUUAUUCAUGUUGUUAGCAGUGAUGAUGAAGCUAAUGAUGAUUUAAGUUUGAAGAUUGUACAAAAAUCAAUCCUAAGAACUUGUAGUAGUAAAUCUUCUGCUGCUAAUGCCCCUCCUUUAUCAGCAUCACAACCUCCUUCUAAACAAGUCAAGAAGAAAAAAGUCAAAAAGAAGAAAACUAACACCCUUACUCCAAUUUCAACUAAACAAGAUGCUGCUGCUGCUGAUUCUCUUUUGGUUAAAGACGGGGAGACAAAAGAGGAGGUUGAUGCACCGAAAGAGACGGAUAUGACAGUGGAGACAAAAGAGGAGGUUGAUGCACCGAAAGAGACAGAUAUGACAGUGGAGGUGGAUCCAUCGGACAAAUCUGAUAAUAUUGUUCUGCGACAGCUUCUUAGAGGACCUAGGUAUUUUGAUCCUCCUGAUAACAGCUGGGGAAAUUGCUAUAAUUGUGGUGAAGGUGGUCAUGCAGCUGCAAAUUGUACAUCAGCUAAGCGAAAGAAGCCUUGUUUUGUUUGCGGGAGUUUGGAGCACAACGUGAAGGAGUGCACCAAGGGGAAAGACUGCUUCAUCUGCAAGAAGACUGGACAUCGUGCUAAGGAUUGCCCAGAGAAAUCCAAUUGGAGAUCUCAAAAUGCUAAAAUAUGUUUGAAAUGUGGUAAUUCAGGGCAUGAAAUGUUCUCAUGCAAGAACGAGUAUUCUCCGGAUGACCUCAAGGAAAUACAAUGUUAUGUAUGCAAGUGCUUUGGCCAUCUUUGUUGCAUAGACUAUGGUGAUGAAGGUCCACGAGAAGUUUCCUGUUACAGAUGUGGUCAGUUGGGCCAUUUUGGUUGGGAAUGUGCAAGCCUGUAUGCAGAAACAAGCCAAGCAACCAACACCGAGACACCUAGCUCAUGCUACAGGUGUGGUGAGGGAGGCCAUAUAGCACGUAAAUGCACUAGUUCUGCUAAGAAGGAAAAGAGGAAAAGAGAAGACCCGAGCCCUGGGAAGAAGAAUACAUAUGGAAAUCAUAUAGGAGUGAGGUCCGUGCCUCCUGAUUUUGGUAAAACUCGUAAAAGGAAUAAACCACUAUAUGGACAAGCAAGUCCGUCUCAACCAAAACCAAGGGGUAGAGGUGGUUGGAUAACUGAAGAUCCUGGUGACUAUAGUAACAACCAUGAUUGGGGAUCUCCUAAAACGCCAUCGAGGUAUAGAUCUAAUGAUAGAUUCCAUGGCGAUAAUGGUUAUAGAUCUAAUGAUAGAUACCAUGGUGGUAGUGAUUAUAGAUUUAAUGAUGGAUUUCAUGGUGGUAAUGGUUAUAGAUCUAAUGAUGGAUUUCAUGGUGGCAAUGGUUAUAAAUCUAAUGAUGGAGUUCAUGUUGGUAAUGCUUACAAACCUUAUGAUAGAUACCAUGGUGGUAUUAGUUAUAAUUCCGGCUACCAUAGCAAUGGGAGAAGGUUUGACUAUGAUUAUGUAGUAGGUUCUAGUGGAUACCAACAACCGUUUUCAGCAUCCAGAUAUGGAAACUCAAGUAGUUACGUAAAAAGAGAGAAUGGUAGGUAGGACUAGUUAUGUACGUACACCUUUGCAAAUCAAGUGAGCAUCUGUUGGUGUACUUUUAGCAACAAUGUUGUGUUAGUUUUUAGUUUACAUUGAUAGAAUUUUUGCAGGUAUUCUUUUAGAUACUAAAAAAGUGCAAAAUCCUUAUAUUUUAUUUGUAGUUCUGGGAAAGAUCCAAUCAUAUGGAAGCCCCUUACCGUAUGCACAAUCCUGGAGGGUUCUAAUCAGCUUUAGAUGACUUCCUUCUCAUGACUUCAUGUUAUCAAAUGCUCGUAUUUUACCUUUAAUUUUAUCGCGGCAGAAAAAUGUUGAACUUUGUUAUUGUCAAAGUGAGCGGUAAAACUUACCUGUACAACAUAUAUAUGAAGGGAGCUGAUUCUUACA